GCCAAAAGUAUCCCGACGCGGUUAAAAUAAUCUAGAAUGAUCUUUACAUAAGGGUUGUUUGAUACCGACGCGCCUUCGUGAACUACAAUUUAAUAUCCCCCUCAUUCCUUGGACACAAUAAUGGUUUUGUUCAUGUGCGCGCUACCACUAGUAGAAAGGCAGGGCUGAGCUAUCAACGACAUCAAGCUCACAGCUCUACCAGACCACAAACCCAAUCCAUCAUGUCAUCUCAAGGUGGCCAGACCGUUGACCUCGGCGGCCUCUCAACCCAGCAAUUGAGCCAGGUCAAGAAACAGCUCGACGAAGAGCUCGAGCACCUCACUAGCUCGUUCACCCAGCUGCGCGCCGCCCAGGCGAAGUUCCGCGAGUGUCUGAAUUCAAUAGCUACCGGUGUAUCUCCUAAAGUGGAGGGGAAAACUAUACUGGUGCCUUUAACGAGCUCGCUUUAUGUGCCAGGGACCCUGGCAGAUACGGAAAAUGUGAUUGUCGAUGUUGGGACCGGAUAUUAUGUUGAGAAGUCGACGAAGGAUGCUGCCAAGUUUUAUACUGCCAAGGUCGAUGAGCUCCAAACAAACCUCAAGGAUCUGGAGAGCAUAGUGCAGGGGAAAUCAAACAACUUGAGGGUGGUCGAGGAUGUUUUACGACAGAAGGUUCUCAGUGGCAAUGCUGGCGCACCAGCCGCGGAAUAAAAUUACAUAUUUAUUGGUUGAUCUUUGUCUCAUUGUCUUGCUAUUCUCCUGUUUCCCACAUUGUGAAAAUGAGUACUUGUCCUCACCUUACUGCUAUAUACCACUGCUGGAUUGAUUACAUUUGCAACACAAUGUGGUUUCCCACGAGUCCACCCACCUAUAACUCCUCCAACCUGUCAACUAUUUGCCAGAUCCAGCUUCACUCAAAAAAGAUUGGACCUUCGCAACAGCAGCGAGAAACGCACGAAACCCUUCAUGCUUGUCAACCACUUGGCCACCAACUGCAAAUGAAGAUGGCUUCGAUGCCGGAGGUGGAGGGAACAGCACCCGAAGAUCAGAUCCCAGCUUCCAGCGUUCGCAGCUUUCUCCUUCAUUU